AGGAUUUCCCAAUGCGGCACUGGAGUCACUGGGCCACCAAACUCCCCGUGUUUCUCCCCAAAACCGCCCCGCCGAGGCUCCCCAGGCCGCUGCUUCCCCUUUUCUCCGCGUCCUUUCCGAGCCGAAGGGAGCGGGCCCGGGGGUGACGCUGCCCCGGCUCUGGCAGGGCCAGCUCCGCGCUCCGCAGUGCCAGCCUGGACCGGGCUGUCCCCGCACUGGCCACUGCCAUGCCGGACACGCCGGGGGACUGCCCCCCUCGGCCCCCCAGCUCAGCCCUCAUCUACAGCAACGUGGGAGCGCUGCGGGCUCACCUCGUCCCCCGCAAGGCCAGCCGAGGGGAGGGCGCUGGGAGACCCCUCCCUCAGCCCGGCCCGGAUCCCCAGCCGCCCCCACUGCCCAAAAAGCAGCUCCAGCGAGCCGAGUCCCUGCCGGAGCCGGGAUCCUCCCACCGCUACCACGGCGACCCUGAGCCCCGGGCCGGCAGCAUCCUCUGCAGCAUCCCCCCAGCCCAGCUGCGGCACGGGGAGGGGGCUUCCCCCCGGGACAGACCCUCCUGGGCACCCAAGAAGCCCCUGACCAAGUCCCAAAGCCUGGGGGAGCCGCUGGCCCUAAGCAGCCCCCAGGAAGCCCCAUCAGCCAGCCUGAAGGAGCUGACGUUUGGGACAGCAGAUGGGGAGCUGGGGCAGCUCCUGGAGAGCCCAGCCGGGGUCUGUGGGGUGGUUUUGGGGUGCCAGGAGGCCUCCCUGGCCCGGCUGUCAGCUCACAUGCAGGAGGAGCUGCUGGGGCCCGAGGAGAGGCAGCAGCUGCUGCAGGCAGAGCUGGCAGGGAAGUCCUGGGCAGUGCUCGGUGUCCUGGACCCCCAGCCCUGCUGCCAGAGUGGGGACGCCUGGUACUUCAGGGUGGGCUUCACCUUCCAGCACAGCCAGCUGCAGCUUGCAGCCAAGGUCCCCAAGCCGUGCUGCUCCAGCCUGGGGGUGCAGAGCUCCCUGGGGACUCACUGCAACAUCCAGCGCCUGCUUGGCCACUUCACCGACCGCCUGCCACAGGGACUGGUGCUCCCAGGAAUCCCUGGAAAACAGAGUCAGGGCCCUUCCAGAGAGGAUCCAGCCUGUCCUGCCGCCCAGCCUGUGCUGCAGGUGCUCCUUUGUGCCGAGGUUCCCCGGCAGACCCUGGCAGACUUUGUGAAGGGCUCCCACGCUUUGCACAGGACCAGCCCCGGGCACUACGAACGCCUGGCCUGCCUCCUGCUCCUGCAGCUCUGCAUGGGGCUGGAGCACCUCCGGGGGCAGAACGUGGUCCAGGGGGACCUCUGCCCCGAGAACCUGCUGCUGGUGCAGUGCCCAUGUCCCCCCCAGGGCCAGAAGGAGCUGCCAGGACUGUCCCUUCCACGGCUGCUCAUCAGCAGCUUCUUCAAGGUGCAGGACAAGCAAAGGACUUGUUCCAGCAGCCAGGAGCAGGACUGGAGGCAGGGUCUCACUGCACCCUCCCCUCCAUCAGCAGCUGAGCUGAAUGUGGGCAGGCUGAUCUAUCAGCUCUUGCACGUGGACAUCUCCCUGGAGAACAUUUUGGGUUUUGGAAGCAAAAGGCUUCCCGAAAUCCCCUCGCUGUCCAUCUACUCGGCGGGCUUGAAGCGCUUGGCCACGCUGCUCCUGCACAGGGAUCCUCUCCAGAGGGUGUCCAUCAAGCAGGCCAGGGCCAUCCUGCAGGUGCUGCUCUGGGGGCCACGCCAGGAGCUCUUUGCCAGGAGCAGGAGGAAGAAUUCAGCUGGGGCUGGGGCCAGGGCCAGCCCCGGCCUGGAGGAGUGGCUGUGCUGCCAGUACUUCCAGGGGGCCACAGAACACACCCUGUACCAAGUCACCCAGGUGCUCUAUGCUCCCUAAACCAGCCUCCAGUUCAGCCUACACUGAGGUCUCCUCAAAGCCAAGAGCUCACAGGGGCCUGGCCAAACCUGUCCCUGCCUGUGGCAGGGGAAUUGAAGCGAAAUUAUUUUUAGGGUCCUUUCAGCCCAAAUCAUUCCAUGAUUCCAAAUCCACCAACUCCUGAGAAAUCCAAGCAGGUCCUCCCUGAGAAAGCUCUGCAAAACUGAACCCACUCCUCCCAUAGCCUAUGAAUGAUGAAGCUGGGAUCAAACUCCCAAACACGGGGGGGUUUUGCUUGAUAUUCUAAGUCUGGUUUGUCAGAACGUCUGAGGAAAGGCAGCUGGAUGGGAGCCAUAAGCACCAAUUUAGUGGCUGAUAAUCCCAAGUUUAUGGGGUUCAGACUUUGCACAAAACCCCCUCAGAACCUUUUUGAGCCACCAGGUUUUUGCUGUUUUAAAUAACACUCAAAGCCACCCAUCACAGCUCACCCUUGUCUGCAAAGGAGAAACAACAGCUCCUUCAGCCUGUGCUUCCCAAUUUGUGGCACAGUUACAAGCAAAAAUGGCAUUU